CUGCGUUUCGUUCAUCAUUCAAAAUCUUCCCUUUAUAAACCACUUUAGACCCAUAUCACGAAGUUCUGUCGUUUGAAACAGCAAAACAGUUGCCAACAACAUCACAUCAAUUACCACCGGACUACGGCUAUUUUCCCGGCUAUCUCUUCAGCGUCCGGCGAGGUUCCGAUUCACCGAUCAGUCAAGGGUUUGGUGGAGAUCUGGGCACGAUGAGUGAUGUAUUUGAAGGAUACGAACGUCAAUACUGCGAGGUUUCAGCAAAUUUGUCGAAGAAGUGCACUUCGGCUAGUUUGCUUGAUGGAGAGCAAAAGAAGCAAAAAGUUUCUGAAAUAAAAACUGGUCUGGAUGAAGCGGAAUCCUUGAUACGAAAAAUGGACCUUGAGGCGAGAAGUCUGCAGCCAAAUGUAAAAGCUGUGCUUCUUGCUAAGUUAAGGGAAUACAAAUCUGAUCUGAACAAUUUAAAAAGUGAAGUUAAACGAAUUUCAUCAGGUAACUUGAACUAUAGUGCACGAGAUGCAUUACUGGAGUCGGGAAUGGCUGAUACACUAACGGUAUCAGCUGACCAAAGAUCGAGAUUGUUAAUGUCAACUGAAAGAUUAAACAAGUCCAGUGACAGAGUUAGGGAAAGUAGGAAGACCAUGCUAGAGACAGAAGACCUUGGCGUUUCGAUUCUCCAAGAUUUGCAUCAACAGCGACAGUCUCUCUUGCAUGCUCAUGAUACGCUUCAUGGAGUGGAUGACAACAUUAGCAGGAGUAAGAAAAUUUUGACUUCCAUCUCAAGAAGGAUGAGCAAGAACAAGUGGAUGAUUGGCGCCGUCAUUGCAGUACUUAUUCUCGCCGUCAUUUUGAUAUUAUACUUUAAGCUCAAAUAAGCCAAAACACGGUUGUUGGAUUUUUUUGCCGGUGUUUUUAAAGAUACAUGAAGAUCUUUGCACUCUUUUAUAUGCUGUUUGUUUUGAAAAGUUUGCGUGUGAGUUUUAACAUUCAUUUGCUUGAUUAAUGAAAACCCAUUCUGCCCCA